AUGGGUUAUUGGCAUUUUCUUGUGUGGUCUCCCAUUGAUUACAAUGAGGAAGCACACUCAUUAAGAGGCAUUGAACAAGAAAAGCUCAAGCACACUUGUACAGAUUAUGCAGCAAUGGCUGGCUAUGGAACCGCUGCGGUAGUUUCAUCUACAAAGAUACGAAAUCGAAUUCUUGAAAAGAAGAUUCAAAAAUUCCGGUUUUACAUCAAGUGCAACAUUUGUUCGUCUGAGAAUACAUUCAAGACUGAUCCCAAGAACAGCGAUUACGUUGUUGACUUUGGUGCAAAGCAGUAUUUCGAGCCAUGGCAGACGGAGGAGGAGACUGAAGAGAUGGGUGGUGCGCUUAAGGAGUUGGAGAAAAAAGGCAAACGAGAAUUGCACGCUGAUGAGGAGGAGAAGAGAAAGAAGUUGUAUGAGGAUGAUGAUGAAGAUGAAGCACUUAUUAGGUCUGUGUUCAGGGGAGGAGGAUUAAGAGAUCAAGAAGCCUAUGGUUUUGUGAGAAGGUGA